UCGUCCAUCAUCAAGAACUUGUUUCUCCAGCUAGUAGUUCAGUUCUUUUGAUCUUUUUUUCUUUCUAAGGAGACAAAGAUGGGUGAUAUUGAGGGAUCCCCAGGUAGCUCCAUGCAUGGAGUCACCGGAAAAGAGCAAACUUUUGCCUUGUCUGUGGCUUCACCGAUUGUCCCGACAGAUACAACAGCGAAAUUUGACUUACCAGUUGAUUCUGAACACAAAGCCAAAGUGUUUAAGCUUUUCUCUUUCGCUAACCCUCAUAUGAGAACCUUUCAUCUUUCUUGGAUUUCCUUCUUCACUUGCUUUGUCUCUACUUUCGCUGCAGCUCCUCUUGUUCCUAUCAUUCGUGAUAAUCUCAAUCUUACCAAAGUUGAUAUUGGUAAUGCUGGUGUUGCUUCUGUUUCUGGAAGCAUCUUCUCUAGGCUUGCUAUGGGUGCGAUUUGCGACUUGUUAGGUCCAAGAUAUGGAUGUGCGUUUCUCAUAAUGUUAACUGCUCCAACUGUGUUUUGUAUGUCUUUUGUGUCCUCAGCUGGAGGCUACAUAGCCGUCAGAUUCAUGAUUGGAUUCUCUCUUGCAACCUUUGUGUCUUGCCAGUACUGGAUGAGCACUAUGUUUAAUAGCAAGAUCAUAGGGCUUGUCAAUGGAACCGCAGCUGGUUGGGGGAACAUGGGUGGUGGUGCAACUCAGCUGAUAAUGCCUUUGGUCUAUGAUGUGAUUCAGCGAGCUGGUGCAACUCCAUUUACUGCUUGGAGGAUAGCAUUUUUUGUUCCUGGAUGUCUUCAUGUGAUCAUGGGAAUCUUGGUCUUGACUCUAGGCCAAGAUCUGCCUGAUGGGAAUCUCGGUGCCCUGCAGAAGAAGGGUGAUGUCGCCAGGGAUAAGUUCUCCAAGGUUUUUUGGUAUGCCAUCACAAAUUACAGGACUUGGAUCUUUGUCCUUCUGUAUGGAUACUCCAUGGGCGUUGAACUCUCCACUGACAACGUCGUCGCCGAGUACUUCUACGAUAGGUUCAAUCUUAAGCUUCACACGGCUGGCAUAAUUGCUGCUACAUUUGGUAUGGCGAACAUUGUUGCUCGCCCCUUUGGUGGGUUUGCUUCCGAUCGAGCUGCAAGAUAUUUUGGCAUGAGGGGCAGAUUAUGGGUUCUCUGGAUUCUCCAAACCCUAGGAGGAGCCUUCUGCAUCUGGCUUGGCCGAGCCAAUUCUCUUCCAAUUGCUGUGUUGGCCAUGAUUCUCUUCUCUGUUGGAGCUCAGGCUGCUUGUGGAGCUACUUUUGGUAUAAUCCCUUUCAUUUCUCGACGAUCUUUGGGUAUUAUUUCCGGCAUGACUGGUGCCGGUGGUAACUUUGGUUCUGGUUUGACUCAAUUGAUCUUCUUCACAAGUUCAAAAUUCUCUACAGCAACUGGUCUUUCUUUAAUGGGUGUCAUGAUUGUUUGCUGCACUCUUCCUGUUACAUUAGUUUACUUCCCACAGUGGGGUGGAAUGUUCUUUCCACCGUCGAGAGACGUCGUGAAAUCCACCGAAGAAUUCUAUUAUGGAUCAGAAUGGGACGACGAUGAGAAGCAAAAGGGCUUACACCAACAAAGCCUCAAGUUCGCCGAGAACAGCCGGUCGGAGCGUGGGAAGCGAGUUGCCUCAGCUCCAACACCACCAAAUUCCACCCCCAACCAUGUCUAAUCAAGAUUGAUGAUUGUUUAAUUAAUUUUUGCUUGUGUGCUUCAUCUUGUUUUACUCUAAACUCAGAUGUUUAAAAAAUUUCCUUAUAUAUAUCAUAUCUGGAAUAUUCAAAGGAUUCUUGUAAGAGAAUAGUUGAUUAAUGGAAUCCAUCUGGAGAAUCAUAGAUUCAGAUCUCAAGGAAUAUUCAAAGAUUCUAGCUAGACUAGAAUCAUCUAGCCAGGUACAUUGGCAUUCUGUAACUGGAUGGAAUUGGAGAAAUGAAUUUAAUAAUGAUUUAGAUUCUCAA